AUGCUCACAAAGCCGUUUACGACGGUCACGAACAGACGACCACGAGUGCGCGCGCACGAUUGUCGCCGCGAUCGUCUUGGUUCAUCAUGCAGGGCAUCGUCGUCGUCGUCGUCGUCGUCGUCGUCGUCGUCGUCGUGCGAUGCAGCAGCACUCGACAGGCUCCACGCAUGGCUUUCGAACAUCGAAGGCUUCAGCGACCGAGGGUUGCGGCUGACGACGGCGAAUGACGGUUUCGGCGUUCGCGCGACGUGCGUGCGCGAGAGCGGCAUUCGACGAGGUGAGGUCAUUAUCCAGAUCCCACGUGAGGCGUUCCUCACUGCGCACCCGCGCAUGGAAUACGGGAGCGAUUUCAGGCGACUGGUCGCUGCGGUUCUCGAAGAGAUGAAACGGAAAGAGGCUAGCCGGUGGUGGCCAUAUUUGCAGACGCUUCCUCAUCAUGGUGAUUGGCAUCCGCUACUCUGGAGCGACGAGGCGAGGACCUCGAGGCUGCCGACGUGGACGGUAGCGAGCAAGAGACUCACGGAGCGUCUACGAAAUUGUGCAAACGAUGCGCACGAUUUUCGCUCCAUGGGAUUAGGAAAGGAUGUAAAGGAUGUUUCCGGUAAGAACGAUGACGAAUGGCCUUCCGAGGCAGAUGUGCGAUGGGCGUCGGCUAUAUGUGCGUCGAGAGCCUUCCGACUUGAGUUCUUCGAUGACGACGUUUUUGAAAAUUUUGACGAGACAGAUGCUCGAGCGUUUGCAGUGCUCGAGCGUUUGAGCGACGUGGACGAAGAUGUAUGGGGACCUGGUCCCAGUGAGGACGACUUCGACACUAGUGUUCUCGUUCUCGUACCGUGGGCCGAUGGCUUGAAUCAUUCAAGUGAUGCUGAAGAGAGCUCAAUAUUACGAUACGACGCGGGCUCCGCGACGGCGACGCUUCGAGCGCACAAGUCGUACGCACGAGGCGAUCAGGUGUUCGAUUCCUAUGGCGUACAUCUUUCGGAUGUUGAUGUUUUUCUUGAUUUUGGUUUCGUCGUACGCAACGAUCAACCAUUUCAUGUCGAAUUCACGGGAGAAGAAUUCGUAAACGAAACGGGUGAGUUUGUCGACUCGGGUUUCACGCAACUGGAGUCCGUGAUAUUGCGCAUCGACCCUGUGAAUGGCGUUGGUGAAAACGCGCUCAUGUUCGCUGAUUGCUUCUUAGCAGAGGCAAUCGAAGAACACGACAUCGAGCAGUUCGCCUUGGAUGUAUUUAAGCGAAUGUGUGAAAACGCUCUGAAGCGCUUCGACAAGAGCAUCAUUGAAGACUGUCGAAAAAGGAUCUUGGACGUUCGCGAGGGCGAAUCGAUGUAUGGUGCUGUCGCUGCGUCCUAUUUGGUCGUCAAAGAGUAUGACGCGUUGAAAGCGUGCACGCGCCUGUUGUAG